AUGUCAAGCGGAGGUUCGGGCGCGCGCGUCGAGGGGCUACUGAGUCGUGGCGUCGCGACGCCGGCCCGCUGGUGGGCGCCGGGGGGAGGGGGCGAGGGGGAGAGACGCGUGCGCGCGCAGCUCCUGACGGCAACAGAGGCGGAUGUUGCGGCGCGCCUGAGGUUUUUUAUCAACAGCCCGACUUCUGGGAGUGACAGAGGUGGUGCUGCGAACUACCAAGUUUCUUCUGCGACUUUGUCAAUAACAACAAAGUGCUACGAAGUGCUGCAAAAAACCAUGACGAAGCUGAAGGGUCAGCCAUCUCCUAGCGGACAGCCGUUCCAAGCCGUGCGUACCUUCGUGCUGAACCCUAAGGCCAUAACUCUGGGCCAGCUUUAUGGCGAGUACGACCUUCUCACUAGAGAGUGGUCUGACGGGAUCCUGUCGACGCUGGUGCGCCAGGGCUCGUCAGCCACGGACGCCGACAAGCGCUGGUACGUGUUGGACGGGCCCGUGGAUGCCGUGUGGAUCGAGAACAUGAACACCGUGCUGGACGACAACAAGAAGCUGUGCCUCAGCUCCGGGGAGAUCAUCAUGCUGCGACCGACGCAGACCAUGAUGUUCGAGGUGGCAGACCUGGCGGUCGCCUCUCCAGCCACCGUGUCGCGCUGUGGCAUGGUGUACAUGGAGCCAGGCAUGCUGGGACUGCAGCCCUUCAUCGACCGCUGGAUGGACCGCCUGCCAAAGAUUGCCAAGAAACACGAGGAGCAGAUACGGACGUUGGUGGAGAGCUACCUGCUUCCCGGACUGCAGUUCCUCAGGAGAGAACUGCAUGAGCUGGUGCCCUCGGUGGACUCGUGCCUCGUUGCCUCGUUCCAGAACCUGAUGGACACCUUCCUGUUGCCGCUGCAACACCCUCUGGGCAAGCCUCCGCCGCCACCACCCUUCCAAGAGCUCCUGCCGGCGCUGCUGCCGUGCUGGGCCGUGUUCUCGCUGGUGUGGAGCGCCGGCGCCACGUGCGACGAGGGGUCGCGGCCGCGCUUCAGCGCCUGGCUGCGGGCCCGCAUGGAGUCCGCCGGCGAGCCGCUGCCCUUCCCGGAGGCCGGCCUGGUGCACGACUACAGGCUGGUGGACGGCGGCUUCUCGACGGCCGCGGCGGACAGCGAGCCCCAGCCGCCGGUCUGGCAACACUGGAUGGAGGACGUGCAAGAGUACGUCGUCGCCCCGGACACCAGCUUCUCCGAUAUAGAGGUUCCCACCAUAGACACGGUGCGCAACGCCAGUCUGAUCGGGACGCUGUUGGAGGCGGGCAAGCGCGUGCUGUGCGUCGGCAAGACCGGCGCCGGCAAGACCGUCACCGUCACCUCCAAGCUGAGUCGGGGCAUGGACAAGAAGACCGUGUGCGAGUUCCUCAUCUUCUCUGCCAGGACCACCGCCAACCAGACGCAGGACCUGAUCGAGUCGAAGCUGGACCGCAGGCGCAAAGGCGUGCUGGGUCCGCCGGUCAUGAGGAGGAUGGUGCUGUUCGUGGACGACUUCAACAUGCCGGCUCUCGAGGUGUUCGGGGCUCAGCCGCCCAUAGAGCUCAUCCGCCAGUGGAUGGACUUCCGAGGCUGGUACGACCGCAAGGCCGUGGGCGAGUUCACGACGCUGCUGGACGUGGAGCUGGUGGCGGCCAUGGGACCUCCAGGCGGAGGGCGCAACCCCGUCACUCCGCGCCUGCUGCGCCACUUCCACCACCUGGCCUUCACGGAGCUGGAGCCCGCCAGCCAGAUGCGCAUCUUCGGCACGAUCGUGCGGUCGUGGGCGGGCCGCAGCGAGACGCUGGCCGCGCUGGAGGACUGGCUGGUGCGCGCCACGCUCGCCGUGUACGACACGGUGAGGCGCGAGCUGCUGCCCACGCCCGCCAGGACGCACUACACCUUCAACCUGCGCGACCUCUCCAAGGUGUUCCAGGGCAUGCUGCUGGCACCGCCGCAGUCCGUCAAGGACAAGCGGGCGGCCAUCAGGCUGUGGUUCCACGAGUGCUGCCGCGUGUUCCAAGACCGGCUGGUGGACGACGCCGACAGGGGCUGGUUCGACGCCCUCUUGCGGACCAACGUCACUGCGUUCUUCGGCGACGACCCGGUCCGAGUGCUGGGCGACAAGCCCAUCCUCUUCGGCGCCUUCCUGGAGCCUCUCAAGGACGUCAAGGUCUACGAGGAGAUCACCGACAUGGACAAGCUGUCGCAAGCUCUGGACUGGUACCUGGAGGAGUACAACUUCGGCUCCAGGACGCCGAUGAACCUGGUGCUGUUCCUGGACGCCAUCUCGCACGUGUGCCGCAUAGCGCGCAUCGUCCGCCAGCCAAUGGGCAACGCGCUGCUCCUCGGCAUGGGCGGCUCAGGCAGGAGGAGCCUGACGAAGCUCGCGGCACACCUCAGCGAACUGCCCUGCGAGCAGGUGGAGUUGACACGCAGCUACGGCCCCGCCGAGUGGCGAGAGGACGUCAAGAAGCUGAUGCUGUCGGCGGGAGUGCGGCGUCGAGAGACUGUCUUCCUCUUCUCCGACACCCAGAUAAAAUCGGAGUCGUUCCUGGAGGACCUGAACAACGUGCUCAACUCGGGCGACGUGCCCAACAUCUACGCCCCGGAGGACCUGGAGCAGAUCUACCAGGCGAUGCGCAUCCCCGUCAGCGAGCGAGGUCUGCCCACCACCAAGCCGAACCUGUUCGCCGCCUUCCAGCGGCUCGUCUCCUCCAACCUGCACGUGGCCAUCGCCAUGAGUCCCAUCGGGGAGGUGUUCAGAGCGCGCCUGAGACAGUUCCCGGCGCUCGUCAACUGCUGCACCAUCGACUGGUUCAGCCCUUGGCCUGAGGCCGCUCUGCGGUCGGUGGCUCUGCACUUCCUCAGGGCGAUGCCCGAUCUUGAAGUGAGUGCGCCUGUCUUGGAAGGCAUCGUGAAUACCUGCCAGCUGAUGCACCGUAGUUCCCUUCAGGCCAGCGACGUCUAUCGUCAGGAGCUGUCACGGCAUGUAUAUAUAACACCUACCAGCUACCUGGAGCUACUCAAGAGCUACGACCGGCUACUCACCAAAAUGAAGACCAACCUGAAAAUGCAAGACGAACGACUUGCUUCAGGGAUGGCCAAAAUGCGGGACACGGAGGAGUCUGUUACCGCGAUGCAAGAGAGCCUGAACAAGAUGAGGCCGGAGCUGGAGCAAGCUGUACACGACACUGAGGACCGGUCCGUCCGAAUACAGAAGGAGAAGGAAGACGCCGAGCUCCUGCGCAAAGGCAUCGAGAAGGAGGAGGCGCAGGCACAGAUCCAGACGAAGCGGACCGAGGCGCUGGCGGACGACGCGCAGAGGGAUCUAGACGCGGCGCUGCCGGCCCUGGCGGACGCCCUGGCGAGCGUGCGGUCGCUGGACAAGAAGGACAUCGCCGAGGUGCGGUCCAUGGCGCGGCCGCCCGUCGGCGUGCGGCUCGUCCUCGAGUCGGUGUGCAUCCUCAAGGGCAUCCCGCCCAUGAGGUCGAUGGACAUGAGCUCCAAAGGCUACGUGUACGACUACUGGGAGCCGAGCAAGCUCAUGCUGGUCAACCCGGACUUCCUGAAGACCCUGGAGAAUUUCGACAAGGACAACAUCCCCCACGAGGUGAUCGAGAAGCUGAACCCCUACAUCGAGAACCCGGAGUUCCGGCCCGAGAUAGUGGUCCGGGCGUCCAAGGCGUGCAUGUCGCUGUGCAAGUGGGUGCACGCCAUCUACAAGUACCACUUCAUCAACCUGGAGGUGCAGCCGAAGAAGGAGGUGCUGCGAGGCGCCCGGGCGCAGCUCGAGGAGAUGAUGAAGCUGCUGCAAGAGUCCCGCCGCAAGAUGCACGAGGUGAUGGACCGCCUGGCGCAGCUGGAGGAGCAGCUGGCCGCCUCGCAGCAGCGCCGCGAGCUGCUGGAGAAGCAGACGCAGCUGGUGGACGGCCGCCUGAAACGCGCGCUGCGGCUGCUGACGGGGCUGGAUCACGAGCGGCGCUCCUGGCAGGAGCUGAGGCGAGGCCUGGCGGGCGCGCUCGUGCACGCCACGGGAGACGUGCUUGUCACGGCCGGCGCCGCCGCCUACCUGGGUCCCUUCGUGGACGAGUACCGGCUGCGACUGCUGGCCGACUGGCGGGCGGAGCUGGCGCGCGCCCAGGUGCCCCACUCGCCCGGCUGCACGCCCGAGUCCACCAUGGGCGACCCGGUGGUGAUGCGGCGCUGGCAGCUGGCCGGCCUGCCGCGGGACCGCGCCUCCUCCGAGAGCGCCGUGCUGGUGCCGCUGGCGGGCCGCUGGCCGCUCUUCGUCGACCCGCAGCGCCAGGCCGUGCGCUGGAUCACCAACAUGGAGAAGGAGGCAGGGCUGGUGGUGAUGCGCCCCACCGACAAGGACCUGCUGCGCUCGCUCGAGUCUGCCGUGUGGUUCGGCAAGCCGUGCCUCAUCGAGGGCGUGGGGGAGGACCUGGACCCGUCCUUGGACACGGUGCUGCUGCGACAGGUGUUCGUGCAGGGGGGCUCGCGCGUCAUCCGCAUCGGUGACAAUGUCGUGCCCUACAACGACUCCUUCCGCCUCUACCUCGCCACCAAGCUGGCCAACCCGAGUUACAGUCCAGAGGUCUUCAUCAAGGUCAUGAUCAUCAACUUCGCGCUCGUCCCCAGCGGACUCCAGGACCAGAUGCUGGCGCAGGUGGUGGCGACGGAGCGGCCCGACCUGGAGGCGCUGCGAGGCUCGCUGGUGGUCAGUCACCACGAGAUGACGGAGGAGCUGAAGCAGCUCGGCGACCGCAUCCUGCAGCGCAUCGCCUCCGCCGAGGGCCAGCUCGUGGACGACGUGGAGCUCAUCCUUAUGCUGGAGGCCACGCGGGCCAAGACCGAGGAGAUACAGGUGAAAGUGAAGGAGGCGGAGAAGACCCAGGAGGUCAUCGACUCGACGAGGGCGCAGUACAUCCCUGUGGCGACCCGCGCGCAGAUUCUCUUCUUCUGCGUGUCCGACCUAGCCAUCAUCGACCCCAUGUACCAGUACUCGCUCGAGUGGUUCGUCAACAUCUUCGUGGGCAGCAUGGAGGCCGCCGAGAAGACAGCGGACACGAAGAAGCGCAUCGCCAGCAUCAACGCGGUGUUCACGUUCGACAUGUUCUCGAACGUGUGCCGCAGCCUGUUCGAGCGCCACAAGCAGCACUUCGCCUUCCUGCUGGCGGUGCGCGCGCGGCUGGAGGCCGGCGAAGUGGACGGAGCCGAGUACCGCGCGCUGCUCUCUGGCGGCACGGCGCCGGCUCAGGCGAGGCCCAAGCCCGAGCUGGAGUGGCUGACCACCCGGGCGUGGAACGAGAUCCAAGGCCUGGAGUUCCUGCUUGCCUUCAAGGAGUGGGUGCCGCACUUUGCGGAGGAAGGCGAGAAGUACAAGCGGGUGUUCGACUCCACGGAACCUCACAGGGAGCCGCUGCCCAGCCCGUGGGAGGACUCGCUGGACGACUUCCAGCGCCUGCUGGUGCUCAAGUGCCUGCGGCCAGACAAGCUGGUGAACGCCAUGCAGGACUACAUCGUGCGCCACCUGGGCCAGCAGUUCGUGCAGCCGCAGACCACGGACCUGGAGAGCCUCUUCAAGGAUUCCAGCGCCACGGCGCCGCUCGUCUUCGUGCUGUCGGCUGGCACCGACCCCGCCGAGGACUUCUACAAGUUCGUCGAGAAGAUGAAUUUCAGCAAGAGGGUGAAGAGCAUCUCGCUCGGACAAGGACAGGGCGAGAAAGCCGCUUUCUUGUUUACAAAUGCCGUGGAGAAUGGAAACUGGAUCUAUUUCCAGAACUGCCACCUGUCACCCAGCUGGAUGCCGGAGUUGGAGCUGCUGGUGCAGAACCUCACCCCCGAGACCACGCACAAGGAGUUCCGCCUGUGGUUGACGUCCCUACCCUCGCCGCACUUCCCCAUCUCCAUCCUGCAGAACAGCGCCAAGAUGACAGUGGAGCCGCCCCGCGGAAUACAGGCGAACAUGCUGCGCGCGUACACGAACCACGUGCCUGACUUCCGCGGCUUCAUGGAGUCGGAGGACCCGAAGGCGCCCUCCUUCAGGCUGCUGCAGUUCGCGCUGUGCCUGUUCCACAGCGUGUGCCUGGAGCGGCGCAAGUUCGGGGCGCUCGGCUUCAACAUCCCCUACGAGUUCACCGACGGCGACCUGCGCAUCUGCCUGUCGCAGCUCAAGAUGUUCCUGCUCGAGUACGACGACGUGCCGUUUAAGGUUCUCCAGUUCACGGCCGGGGAGAUAAACUACGGCGGUCGCGUGACUGACGACUGGGACAGGCGGUGCAUCAAAAACCUCUUGGACGACUUCUACGACACAAAAGUGCUAGAUGAGAAGUAUUUUUUUGACGAAGAAGCCAUUUACCACCAGCUGCCGGUGGACACGUCUCUGGCGCAGUACGUGUCGUACAUGCGCACGCUGCCACUCAACGACACGCCCGCCAUCUUCGGGCUGCACGAGAACGCGGACAUCAGCUACGCGCAGCAGGAGACGUUCAGCUGCCUGGCCAUGCUGCUGCAGCUGCAGCCGCGCGCCGUCAGCGGCGACACAGCGCAGAGCCAGGAGGAGUCGACUGUGCGCGAGGCGGCGGCCAUCGACCAGGCGGUGCCGCAGCCCUUCGACCUCCCCGCCGUGGCUGCCAGGUACCCGGUGAUGUACGAGGAGUCCCUCAACACUGUGCUGGUCCAGGAGAUCAUACGCUACAACAGGCUCCUCGUGGUGAUCCACGAGAGCAUCGCCAGGAUGAUGAGCGCCCUCAAGGGCCUGGUGGUCAUGUCCGAGCAGCUGGAGAACAUGUCGCUCAGCAUCUUCAACAACGCCGUGCCCCACUUGUGGGAGGUGCUUGCCUACCCUUCGCUCAAGCCUCUCGGUGCUUGGGUGAAGGACUUGCAGAAAAGAGUGAACUUCAUACAGAAAUGGAUAGAUGAGGGUGUUCCUCCAGCAUUUUGGAUUUCUGGGUUUUAUUUUCCCCAGGCCUUCCUGACUGGCACCUUGCAAAACUUUGCUCGCAAGCAUGUUUUGUCCAUAGACACCAUAGAUUUCUCAUUUAAGAUUUUGGAUCAACUUCCUACUGAGAGGCCUGAGGAUGGCUGCUGCAUUUAUGGGUUGUACCUCGAAGGUUGUCGUUGGAGCGCUAGCCAACACAUACUUGCUGAGUCGAGACUCAAAGAACUAUAUACAGACAUGGCGGCGAUAUUGCUAGUCCCAGUGCAGCACUACCAGAAACCAGUCACUGGGAUAUACGAGUGCCCUGUCUACAAGACCCUCACCCGGGCUGGUGUCCUGUCCACCACUGGCCACUCGACCAACUAUGUGCUAGCCAUAGAAAUACCGAGUGAUCAGCCCCAGAAGCACUGGAUCAAGAGGGGUGUGGCCCUGAUAUGUGCACUUGAUUACUAAUGCUAUUUGUCUUCUAUGUAUCUCAAUUAUUUAAUAAAAUAGAUGCUGUUCGAGACAA